AUGAGUCGCGGAGCGAAAACUACGAUCGAGCUUCCAUGCCUUGGACUCCCGUUUCAACUUGGCAUGCUGUACGACUGCCGCACUGAUCAAAUGAUCCCGGGUAUGACGUUGUGGGACGAUAAGCUACUCAAAGCUGCUUUAAGCGAACGACCACAGCCGAGUUCCACCUUCGAAGUUACGGCGGAAGAUACGAUUUCCAACAAGAUGUUCAACCUCGGGGUGCAAGCUAAUUUGUCACUAAGUGUUUUGGGUGGACUCGUCAAUGUUUCGGGAUCGGCAAAGUAUCUCGACGAUCGACAGUCUUCAAGCAAGCAAGCUAGAGUGACACUUAAGUACAGUUGUACUUCAAAGUUUCAACAAUUAACAAUGGAGCAAUUAGCGACGUCCAAUAUCCAACAUCCCGACGUUUUCGACAAAGGGACAGCAACCCAUGUAGUUACGGCUGUGCUUUAUGGUGCAGAGGCAUUUUUCAUUUUUGACAGAGAAAUUGAAAGUGGUGAGAAUUACCGCAACAUUCACGGAAACAUGGAAGUAUUGAUCAAAGCCAUUCCAGGCAUCACUGAAAUCAAAGGUAGUGCCGAUUUAGAUAUUAGUGAUCGAGACAAGAAAGAAGCAGACAAGUUUCAAUGUAAGUUUUAUGGUGAUGUUAUACUUGAGAGCAAUCCCUCCACUUUUCAAGAUGCUAUUUCAGUGUACAAAGAGUUGCCAAAAAGUUUCGGCAAAGAUGGCCAAAAUACGGUCCCUAAAAAGGUCUGGCUAUAUCCAUUAAGUAGCCUUGACAGUAGAGCAGCUCGUAUGGUGAGAGAAAUUAGCACUAAUCUGGUCUCACAAACCCAACAAGCAAUAGAAUGCCUCAAUAACAUGGUAAUCAGAGCUCAUGAUCUAAUUAAUAAUGAGGUGUAUGACAGUUUUUCUGGUUUGAAAGAGCAAAUGUCACGGUUCUCAGAGAUGGUUAGUGAACACAAGACCGAGAUUAUGAAGCAGUUGUGCACAAUUCUCCCUUCAAUUCGUGGUGGGGAAGCUAAGGAGCAAGAAUUAGCCCAGCUGUUAGAAAGCCGCAUGUAUAAAUCUCCUUUCAAUAAGAGUUCUCUUGAAUUAUGGCUAAGAGGCAAAGAGGAGGAAAUAAAAGUUCUUGCACAAUACUAUGACAUCAUGAAGAAUGCCAAAGGAGUAAAAAUGUUAUUUGCUCCAGGUGAUCUCGAUGCAGCAAUCAAUGAUGUUAAUCACGAUCAUGUCCUUACUUUUGAGUUCAAAGUUGCCCGAAAGAGUGACAGUGCCAGCUUUCUCCAAAAUAUGUUUUCAUUUUUGCGCACUAGACACGUAGGCUCAAGUUUGCAAGAUGGGUCUUCAAGCAAGCAAUGGUACAAAACAAGUGCAAUUAUUAAAGAUCUGCGCCUAAAGGCAAAGCAAUUCACCACUUUUGCCGAAGCAAACAAAGGAGGCGAAGUCAUGUUUGUGGUUAGUGAUAGCAGCGAAGAAGAUGGUCCAACCACUGGUGGGGCUGUUGUUUUACACUAUGAGUUUGGGGCUGUAAAGGGAGAGUUUGAGCCUCCUGGUCAGCCAAAGAGGCCAGUUGCUAAAGGUAUUAAGCAUGAUAAUGUUCAAUUGCAGUGGAAGGCACCUCCAUAUGGCUUAGAUAGCAUAGAAUGCUACCAAGUCCGGUACCGUCGCAUUGAUCAGACAGAAGGUCAACUUAUGACACAGAAAACCAAAGGUACUGAAACCACAAUCGUAAUCAACAAUUUAGAGCCUGAGACAAAAUACGUUUUCAUAGUAUGUGCUGAAUGUGUUUUGGGUGUUAGUCAGGAGAGUGAUCUGAGCGAAACUGUUGAAACCAAACCAGCUCCUGUAAAUUUAGUACUUCAAAGUAUAAUCUCUAAAUCAGAUAUUAUGCCAGGCCCAAGUCCACCAGUAGUUUACAGGGUCAAGCCACGACCAGUACGCCUACAGAAGAAACAGGAGAACAUUGCAAAAAUGGAGUUUGGUGAACCACCUCAUCCAGCUAAACCGACUAAGGUAUUGAUGGUUGUUGGUGCUACUGGAGCUGGAAAAAGCACGUUAAUUAAUGGAAUGGUCAAUUAUAUCUUUGGAGUCAAAUGGGAAAAUGAUUUUCGUUUCAAAUUGAUUUGUGACGAAGUGUCUGAUAGUCAAGCACACAGUCAAACACAAAAUAUAACAGCCUACACAUUGUAUUGGCAAAAAGGAUCACCUAUUAAUUUCAACCUAACCAUUAUUGAUACACCUGGAUUUGGUGAUACUCGUGGCCUAGAAAGAGAUCAGCAAAUUACGAAGCACAUUCGCGAAUUCUUUCAACUGAAAGGACGUGAUGGUUUGGAUGAGUUGCAUGCCAUUGGGUUCGUAACUCAAGCAUCCCUGGCACGGUUGACUCCAACUCAGAAGUAUAUAUCAGAUUCCAUUCUCUCGGUGUUUGGAAAAGAUAUCAAAGAUAAUAUAUUUGUAAUGACAACCUUUGCUGAUGGUGCUGAACCACCAGUUAUGGGGGCAGUUAGAGAAGCUGAGAUACCACACGCAGAUUUCUUUCCAUUUAACAAUUCAGCCCUUUUUGUUCAUCCAAGUAAGUCUACCUUUGCCAAAAUGUUCUGGGAGAUGGGCUAUGCUAGCCUUGCAGAUUUUUUCGUAAAGUUUGAUCAAGCCGACGGCGUUAGUCUUCAGCUCACAAGAGAAGUUUUAGAAGAACGUCAUCAAUUGGAAACUAUAGUUCUUGGCAUUCAACCGAAAAUCAAUGCUGGCCUUUCAAAAAUUGAUGAAUUAAAUCAAGAAGAAAUGAUACUCAAAGAUAAAGAGUCAGAAAUUUUACGCAAUGAAGAUUUUACAUAUGAAAUUACCGUCACAAAGCAACGAAAAAUUGAUGCACCCAGAGGGACAUAUGUCACGAACUGUGCAAAUUGCCACUUUACCUGUCAUUCUAGUUGUGUCUAUGAUGAUGAUCGACACAAAUGGAGGUGUUCUGCAAUGGACAAUGGAGGUGAAAGUAGUGCUAAAUGCAGAGUUUGCCCGGGGAAUUGUACGUGGAGAAAGCAUUAUAACAAUGGAUAUCAUUUUGAAUUAUAUGAAGAAGUUGAAAUUAGAACAAAGCAAGAUCUUCUAGAAAAAUACACGCAAGCGAAGUCAGCAAAAGCUGAUGUUGAGAGCAUGAUUGGUAAAAUGGAAAAUGAGCUCAAGCAGUUGCAAAUGACUGUUCUUUACAAUAUAAGUCAAGCUCGUAGGUGUUUACAACGUCUCGAUGAUAUAGCUCUUAAACCAAACCCCCUCACUGAGGUUGAGUACAUUGACCUUCUUAUGAAAUCCGAGGAGCAAAAAAAGGCACCUGGAUGGAAGAAACGCAUUGACUAUUUUCAGAAAGUUCGGCAGCAAGCAGAGAUACUAGGCAAAAUGAAAGAUCCUCAGGAUUUCGAGGAAAUGGCCAAGAAAAGCAGCAAGACUGUUUGGGAAAGUAUUACUGGUUGGUUUUCCAGUAAAAAAGGACACAAUUAA